CUAAACUCUCGCCCUGAUCAGACGCUACCACUGCUAGUACUAUGCCCCGACGUAACGAUACAACUUUGAACGUUGACGAACCAGCUAUUGGAGAAGACAAUUCUGAAUCGAAGACGUGCGGGCAGAUACUAGUGGUGUUGGCGUGGAUUUUGGUACUUGCGACUCUUCCGUUUUCUCUAUUUAUUUGUUUCAAGGUGGUGCAGGAGUAUGAGAGAGCCGUUAUUUUUCGUUUGGGAAGACUUGUCUCUGGCAAGGCUAAGGGACCUGGUAUUUUCUUCAUUUUGCCGUGCGUGGACACGUACGCUCGGGUUGAUCUUCGGACCCGAACUUACGAUGUUCCUCCCCAGGAGGUCCUCACCAAGGAUUCUGUCACCGUGUCUGUCGAUGCGGUGGUAUACUACCGAGUCGAGGAUGCUACCAUUUCCAUAAACAACGUGGAAAACGCCCAUCAUUCCACUCGACUCCUGGCCCAGACUACUCUGCGCAAUACUAUGGGAACUAGACCUCUGCAUGAGAUACUUAGCGAGAGGGAGACCAUUUCUGGAAGCAUGCAAGUGUCUUUGGAUGAAGCUACCGAGCCAUGGGGAAUUAAGGUGCAGCGCGUGGAAAUCAAAGACGUUCGCCUUCCCGUGCAACUGCAACGUGCUAUGGCCGCCGAAGCUGAAGCCGCCCGGGAGGCUAGGGCCAAGGUUAUUGCUGCUGAGGGAGAACAGAAGGCUUCCAGGGCUCUGCGUGAGGCAUCUGAAGUGAUUGGCGACAGCCCUGCCGCUCUCCAACUCCGUUACUUGCAGACACUGAACACCAUCUCCGCUGAGAAGAAUUCGACCAUUGUUUUCCCACUGCCAAUUGAUCUGCUCACUUACUUCCUGAAGGCUAGGGAGGAAUCUUCUUAAAUCUUUAAACUGAUUUCGACUGCUAUAAUGAAUAUUUACAACACGACAGCACGCGCAACGGACACAGGCCUCUCUACAUAAA